CAAUAAAUAAAAUAAAAAGGGUUUUACAAAAUAUAAACAAUAUCUAGGGUUUCUCUUUCUCUUUUGCAUUCUCUCUGAAUUCGUAUGCCAUGGAGUCACCCGGUAACGAGCAUGUGGUGGGUGGCGCAGAACCCAACGACGUCGUUACGCCCUUUUCCCACAGAGAAGAACCUCACAAUUCCCAACCCCUCACCGGCGACGGUGCCAGUCCCGGAAAGAUAUUUAUAGGUGGUUUAGCGAGAGAAACGACCAUUGCCCAAUUUAUCAAGCACUUUGGUAAGUAUGGUGAGAUCACGGAUUCAGUUAUCAUGAAGGACAGGAAAACUGGGCAGCCUCGUGGAUUCGGGUUUAUAACAUAUGCGGAUCCCUCUGUGGUCGAUAAAGUCAUUGAGGAACCUCAUGUCAUCAAUGGCAAACAAGUUGAGAUUAAGCGGACGAUACCGAGGGGAGCUGUUGGCUCUAAGGAUUUUAGGACAAAGAAAAUUUUUGUAGGUGGAAUUCCUUCAAAUGUGACUGAAGAUGAAUUUAGAGACUUCUUUACACGCUACGGCGAAGUUAAAGAUCACCAAAUAAUGCGGGACCACUCCACCAACCGAUCUCGUGGCUUUGGGUUUAUCACAUUUGAAUCUGAAGAAGCAGUUGAUGAUCUUCUGUCCAUGGGGAACAAAAUUGACUUUGCUGGAGCUCAGGUGGAAAUCAAGAAGGCUGAACCAAAGAAGCCAAACUCAGCACCUCCAUCAUCCAAGCGCUAUAACGACUCUAGGUCUUCAUACAGCAGUGGUGGAUAUGGAGAUGCUUAUGAUGGAUUUGGUGGCAGCUUUGGAAUGGGGGGUGGUUAUAGGUCAGGUGGUGCUUAUGGUGGUGGUAGGGGUAGUGGUGCUUAUGGUGGCUAUGCAAGUGAAUUUGGUGGGUAUGGAGGAUAUGCUGGUGCGAUGGGGCCGUAUAGAGGAGAUCCCUCCCUUGGGUAUGCUGGUCGUUAUGGAGGAAGCUUUAGCAGAGGGUAUGAUCUUGGUGGGUAUGGCGGACCUAGUGAGAAUUAUGGAGCAUAUGGGGCAGGUGGGGGUUCUUCGGGUGGUGCUGGUGCUGGUGCCGGUGCCGGUGCCUACCAAAGUGGCUAUGAUGGAAACCUGGGAGGGGGAUAUGGAGGGGCUAGUGGAGGCCCCUUCUAUGGGAGCACUAGAGGAGGAUACAGCGCUGGUCGAUAUCAUCCUUAUGGAAGAUAAGAUUGGAAACCAAGCAUUUAUAGUCUAGGACUAAUAUGUCUAGCAUCAAAGCAGGUUUGUAGUUUGUGUUUUGUUCAUCAGAUAGAUUAUAUACUCUUUCAAAAAAAAAAAAUUGUCAACGUUACUUUCAUUUAUGAGCAUACCCAUUUCUUGAAAGUCCAAACAAAUUUUCUAUUUGGCUCCCCCUUUGAGUCUGGUUUAUGUAUGUAAGAGCUGCAAAUUGUGUAGACGGGUGUAUUCUCAAUCUUGUUCAUUGUUGCUUGUAAUGCUUCUAAUUACCAUCUUUUGUUUUUUAUUUGAUUUAAUUACUCCA